AUGGCGAUUCUUCACUACCUGAUCUAUUUCAACAGCACACAUUCUCAGUUGGACGGAUCCUGGCCAUAUUAUUGUGUGAUAACCUACGUAGAGUUUGCCGCAAUUUGCUUGAGGUUUUUUUUUCGGAAUAAUCAUACUUCCUCAUGUUCGGGCUUGUGCGAGGGCCGGCCCGUUAGCCCGCCACUGCCCGACUUUAGCGAGUCCUUAUUUAAAACGGUUGAGCCAGGCUCAAAGAGAGCAAAUUUUUUUGAAAAGUUAAUUGUCAGACUUUCUCAGGACAAUAAUUUUAUCAGUUUUUUUGUUUUACUUAAAUUUAAUAGAAACUAUAACUCAACUAUAUUCCGUUUUUCAUGACUUGAAAUUUCUCUUUUUCUCUGCGCUCUCCUCGUCUCUCGACGACCCUCUCAUGUUGAUAUGCUCUUUUCGUGUUUCUCUGACCUCGCCGGCGAGGGAACAGAGAGACGCAGACACUCGAAAAAUGUCAAGUGCAGAAUAAUGCUCAGCCGGUCACACAAGCCUGUUUGAGUAUUCUCAAAACUCAGACAGUUUUUAGAACCGAAAAAGAAAACUUCCCAAUCUUUUUUCUUUCCAGUUAUCCUGUUCUGGCCUACCUGGCUUUCCUUAUGGCCACGACGCGACCGUUCCAUGUGAACCUCAAGAUUCUUUGGUUCUACAUGGUGGCCGAGUACAACAUCGAGAUGACAGCCCGAUCUUUGCAGAUUUUCCUCAUCUUCUACUCCAAAGAAAAUAGCGACAGUGGGUUUUUAAUCUGUCAUUAAUUUAUUAAUUGGAACUUUUCAACAGCAAUUAAAGUAACUUAUGAAUUGUGCGGCGAAAAUUCAGUUAAUUCAUACUCAUCUACAACUUUACCCCCAAUUUUUUGGGUUUUUUGGAACUUUCUCGUUUUCAUGAAAAAGCCGUGCGCUCCUGACCGCUUUUUUGCCUUUUUCGUGUUUUCAUCAAAAUAGAGGGUCUUACUAUUUUUUUCACUUUAGAAUGAAAAUUUGUUAGCUUUCGCUGUGAAAUUCAUAAAAUAACCUACGAGCUGUAAGUCGAAAGUUCAGUUUUUCUAACUGUUCAGAAAAUUUUUCACGCCAGGUCGAAAUGCGGUAUGAAAGCGAAAAAUUUUUUGUUGGAAAAAUUCCAAAUUUUCACAAAGUUCAUUUAAUGAUUUUUUCAGUGUUCUACUACGCAUCGUUUCUUCGUUGUUUCUGCUAUUUUGUAGGCGAGUUCAGGUCAUUUCGAGUUUGACUCAUUUAACUUGUUUUUAGUGUCGCUAAUAAUCCCGGCUUUUGUGGUGGAAAGAUCUUGCGCAUCUUACUUCCUAUCAGAUUACGAAUACAAAAGCCGAAUCUACAUUUCCGGCAUAAUUUUGGCCGUCAUGACCGUUACUGGCGUCGCCCUUUCCUACUGUUAUCAUCAAGGUUCGAUUUUUUUUUUUUCGGAAGUUUGCAUUUGAAUCAAGGAUUGGAAUUAUAUCGAAUAUUCAUAAGAUCUGCUUUCACAGUCUGUUAGAAGUUCCUUGCCUGAACUGCAAAAGCAAAUGGAAAAAGGUCUCGCAGAGAAAAUUUGUUUUCAAGUUUAUUUGUGUAUUUUAUCGUAACUUUACUAUAGUCUGUGUGCCACGACUUGAAAUUUCACGAAACGACAUUCCGCUGUGCCGCUGCGCGCCUUUGCGAACCUUGGUCGCGCUUUUAAUUUUUUAUUUUUUAUUCAGGUACUCUACUCUCAUUUGCUCUCACAGCGGUAACAAUCAAUUGAAAGCGUGACCUAGAUUCAAGAAACGCUUCGCGAACGCACGCAGCGGAACAGCGGAAUGUCGUUCGGUGAAAUUUCAACUCGUGGCACACAAACUAUACUUGAACAAUAAUUUAUAAUUUUUCAAAUUACAGUAAAAAAUAAUAAAUGUUCAAUUCUUUGAAACCCUUUUGUGUCUUGAAUUUAAUGUUCUAUUUCACGUUUGAGCCUUUCUUUGAUCUUUCAACCCAUUUUAUUAAGUUCGUUUUUUUCAAGCUUGUUUUGAUUUUCUUGCUGGCUAAAAUUUUUAACGGCAUUUUUUGUGGUUGACUAGGAAAAAAAAACUAGAAAAAGUACAAUAUUUUGAGCCAUUCCAAAUGCGGCCACGUCGUUUGAAGUUGAACGGAUUAGUAAAAUCUUUUGUCAAAAAGCUUAAUUUUCCGAAAACUUUGAACUUUUCAGUUUUUCUUGAACUCACUAAACUUCUGAUUAUUUUCUCUUUAGUCUUUCUACGGCGAGGCUUUGUUUACGCCAAAGAUUAUUAGGUUACCGCAUGAUUUAUUUCUUGACCGCAGUGGUCCUACUGAUAGUUUUUAACGCCCACAGAUAUAAUAUAAUUUUGAGCUCGAAAAGCGUCAUCUUUUGAGCCUUAUUUCAAGCAUAACAUUUGAAAAAAGCUUCUUUUUGAUGCAGAAUUCUCAGACUGCAAGUUCCAAAGUCGCGAAGAAAAGAAGUUCUUUUAGCCGAGUCGACAUUAGUUCUGCACUCUGCGAUGAUGGUGGUGAACUGCUUGGCGUCGUUGGUGAACGUCUUGUUGGAGAAGUUCAACUUCAGAAAGCUGUACGAGAGCUCGAAUCUGCGAAAAGGCCAUCGGGAGUACUCGCUGGCCGAAAGAUUUCAGAUUUCCGAAAAUAUUCGGACCUGUUUGGUUAGUUAGUCAGGUGCUUUAUUGUGCCUCGAAUAAAAUAGAAGCUCCAGAAGGCUCUAUGGCUUCAGGAGCAAGUCAUUUCGGGUCUGGUGCAUUUAAACAUUGAAAUUUUUUUCAGUCAUUCCAUGUGCUGUAUAAAACUUUUUUCAAAGAAAAUGUAUUCUCUGUUACCUGGACAAUUUAAUAAAAUUACUACCGAAAAAAACUUUCAACCUGAACCUCACCACAAGAUCCGAAUUACUAUUUUCUAUAUUUCCCUAAAUAUAUUUCGUUAACUAGUUUUGGUGUUUUAGAAAUGAAAAAUGAUUGACUCACCUCUAGAGAAUCGCUGUCAGAAGAACUUUGAACUUUCUCAUUCUAAUAGAACGCCUCAUGGAGAAGGUGAUUCCAGACGUUGAAAGCCGUAAUCAACACGGUGGCCUUGUUCAACCUCGUGUCGACGGUGACGGCGGCUCUCGACAAUUUUCAACUUUCGAUAAGUCUUCAGAACUUGGGCGCCACCAUUUUCAACGUUUGCAUUAUCAUGUUAGCACUACUUUUCAUUCUAGAAUGUUUUCAAAGUCUUUGAUGGGUUAUUUUAAGGUUUUGCUUUUUUUUUCUCAAGAAUGUUGACAUCAAAAAACGACCGUCCGUUUCAAAAAAUGUCUAAAUUUCACGCAUUAAUAAUUUCAGCAAGCUUUUCGAUCGAAAAUGAAUAGAGCAGAUUUUAAAAAAAUGAUUUGUUAAUUUUUUUCAGAUACGGAAGCAUCGCAUAUUACACAAUUUACUCACACAUACCGGUGUGGCAAACUGAAACUCUGCGUCAUUUGAUGAGGGUGAGCGAAAUUAUUAGUCGAAGGAAUCUAUUUUUGUUUCUUUUUUAAACUUAAUAGAAAUGGAAAGGUAACUCCUUAUGAUUUUUUUGAGAGAAAUAUGACAAACAAAAAAAGAUAAAUCAGGAGAAUGAAACUGAAUUUUUUUUAUUUCUAAUCUCCCAAAUCGUUUAACUAAGGUUAAACUUAAACUUCGAAAUAAUUGAGAAAAAAAAGUUUCAGAACAAGUUAUUGAAAAAUCAGUAAUUCUGCGCCAUUUGGGUUUAGGCUGGGUUGGAAAAAAAGGGCGUUAUGAUAAUUUAUUGUUUCCUUUCUAACUUCUUUUUUUGAUAAUUUUUUUUGUCAUUUUCAAGGACGUUCGGAAGUCUACGCAAAAUAUUCUUUCUAAAUCGCAUUUUUUUAUGGAGCUCGCCUUAAUGAACCUCCUUGUUUACUAGGAAAAAUAUUUUAGCGUUUAGUAAAUCAAUUUUCAAACUUUCUCAGUUUGAAAUUCAGAAAAAAUCUCUCUAAACAGAUUUAAAGUUUUUCCUGGCAUAAGACUUGGUAGAAACCCCUCUGAGAAGCAGCUGAUGAGACGAUCGGCUCGAGGUCCUGGGAUGGCAGGAACUCGAGUGGAAAAACAUUUUCGGGCGGGGUCUGAAAACAAAAACAUUUGCAUGGGUUUUGCACUAAAUGUUUAUGCUUUUCCCAUCGUCGAUUUCGUGUUUUUGCCGAUUCGACGGUCGGUGCCCAAAAAUAGGAGAGCGAGUUGAAAAUAUUAUUCGCAUCUUGCCAGCCAGACCAACCUGUGGUGGUCCGUCAGCUCUUUUCCGGUUUUUGUGUCACCUCAAAUUUGUUGUCCGAUCCUGGCACGUCUGUCUGUUUUUAAAGGCUCUCGGCAACCUUUUUUGUUUUUUGGCCAGAGAUUCGUAUUUUGACAAGUAAACAGUCGCCGACGGACUUUCAACGACUUUUGUGCCAGAAGUGCACGGAAUGUUGUCGGCCGGCAGCGGAAAAGUGCGCCAAAAACAUCUUCGAGCAGUGAAAACAGCGAUAAAAGAUCAAUUUCCACUUCAAAAAUGUUGAACUUGAAUUCGAUUUCACAAACAACUUUAAAAGAUACUAAACAAUGUUUUUCCACGCUUUGAGUACAGUUCUGAAAUUUUCUUCAAACACAGCUUCAAAGUAUGAACUACUAUUUGAUUAUUCUAUCGAGAAGUUCCUGGAAGUUACCAUGAAAAAAAAGUUGUGUCUGGAUUCAAAGCGUGUAACUGAACGUCAAAAAAGCCAACAAAAACCCAAAAUUUGCCAUUUUUUUAUAAUAUACUUGAUUCGCCACGAGUUGGCAUUGUCUAGCUUGUCUGCACUCUCCUUACUCUCACAAACGGCGUCGCUGAAGCUUUAAAAUAACAUGCAAACUCGAGAGACUGUUUCAAGACAAGGCUCUUCAGAUAAGGCUAAUUCAAAUGUUUGAAAACAGACUUGCAGCUACGCCUAUCGGGACCAGUGUCCCCGACGCCGUCGACGGAAACCUCGAAGCCUCUGGCAGCGAUCAGUCGCCAGACCGACACCUACUUCGACCAGCUCAAUCGCCAGUGGCAGUAA